AUGGCCAUGCCAUCUCGUUCGACGAGAAACACAGGUGCGGCGAUCAUGAUCCAACAUUCCACCCCGGGUGAAAUUGGUCCGGGGAGCUACACACCGAGGCGCAAACUAAACACAAGUAAACAACCCAACUUCGCCGCCUUCGCUUCAUCCAACGCCCGCAAGUUGAAUCAAAACACACACACGUCUGCGCUGACACCGGGUCCUGGGUCCUACGUUCGUGCGUCGAAAGUAUCUCGCAGAGAAGUUUCAAGCAAUAUAUUUAAGACAAACAUUGCUCGGCUAGCACCGUCUGCUCCCGGCUCGACCAUCUUUCGUCUGUCUACCAUUGCCGAUAAUCCAGGACCUGGUCAAUACAGGAACCCUUUUAAGGAACCCGCAUCUGGUCCACGGCGACCCUUGAAUUGCAAGGGGGAAUCGGCCGCAUCACGUGUUGCAAAGGCAACAGGUUCAGAGUCCGGACACAGUCGGGCCCGCCUUUUACAAUCUGCCGAAGACGAUGCGUUCGGACGGAACAACCUUCUGCAAGUCGAGCACUCGACGGCAGGCGCGCUGCAGCGCCUAAGAGUCGCUUUGUUCAACAAGAUGUUUAUUGGACCGGCGUCUCACCGAUGCGAUUGGCCAUCGGUCCUGCAGUGCUUCGGGACAACAGCAGAACGUCGGGGUUGGAACCGGCCCAAGAGCCUACCUUUUGUAGAGCCUACUUGCUCCGGGGCGCCGGGUCCAGGAUCAUAUGGAACCACACAGUCUUCCUUCAAAUCCCAAAUACAGAAGCGACUGACUGACGAUCCAAUAGCAUUUGGCUCGACAGAUGUGCGGCCAUGUCUGAAAACCAAUCCAGAUAUCCCAAGAGAACCUCACAAGCUUGGAUCCCAGUCUGCACGUGCAGCAGCAUCCGACCCUGGCCCUGGUGAUUAUGACUUGAAAAAUCAGUCAAUAGCUAGCAUGAUAAAGAAAAAAACCAGUGGACGCCACGGCAUAUUUGGCACCUGCACAGCGAGGUUUGAUCCGCAUUGUCUCCCGCCAGAAGUCGCUAGACUUUUACAGUAUCAGGGUGUCACUGCCUCGGGUGUCGACACACCUGGUCCUGACUCCUACGAGAUCUCCCGCACGAUGCAAGAAGUUCCCAACUCAAGAGCUCAGCUUGUGUACACCUUCCGGUCAGGAGUGGAGCGCUUUGGUACACAGGAAUAUGAUACUCGAGCGCCAGGGGUACUCCAAAUUGGCUCACGCCAGAAACCAAGCGUUGGUGGCAUUCCUGCGCAGCAGGCCUGUGAAUACAUGCUGCCAUCUUCCUUCGAUCAAAGUCAGAAAGCUGUUCGUGCUUGUCCAUUUUCUGCACUCGCAUCCAAGACAAGGCGGUUUGAUGAAGGUCACUUGUUCGAUGGCAAACUCAUCGCGGAGACCCCAGGCCCGGGUGCAGCUGACAAAGUUGAGCAAAAUUGCACGUAUAUGCCCAGGGAUCUGCGAGGACAGGGCUCAUUAUAUAAUUCUAAGCAAACAAGAGAGACUCGAUUCAGACACUCACAGCCAACUACCUCGAUUGACGUUGGCCCUGGUACGUAUGCGGCUCCCAGCACAAUUAUCAAACGAACCUUCAAUGUGACAUAUGCUAAGACCGUACAGUCCGGAGAGGGGCUGGGGUUACUGGACGAACGGGCAGAGGACCCGCCUCACUAG